AGAAGCGACAUUUGUGUGUCCAACAUAUUCCUUCGCGGAUAUUAGUCAUAAUAACUAACUAGGUUACGACCGUAGAAACGCAAUAUCAUGCUUAAAAAAAAAUGCUGUUCAUUCCUAAUUUCUUGUGUGCCGUAAAUUUUUCCACUUGAAUUCUACUCUUUCUCGAGACUUUUUGAGUGAGAGAGAAAAACAGAGGAAGAAAAUGAGCGAUUCAAAGGAAGAAGACACAGUUAUAGCAUCAGUUCACUCCACAGUCUUCAAACAAUCAGAAAACCUUAACGGAAAACAUCUCAAAAUCGAAGGUUAUGACUUCAACAAUGGCGUCAAUUAUCAAAACCUUCUCAAAUCCAUGCUCACAACUGGAUUCCAAGCUUCUAACCUCGCUGAUGCCAUCAAUGUCGUUAAUCAAAUGCUAGAUUGGAGGUUGAUUGAUGAACCUGUUACAGAAGAUUGCAGUGAAGAAGAGAAAGAUUUGAAUUACCGGAAAUCUGUUACAUGUAAAGUGUUUUUAGGUUUUACUUCUAAUCUCAUAUCUUCUGGUGUUAGAGAUGUUGUUCGGUUCCUUUGUCAGCAUCACUUGGUUCAUGUAAUUGUUACAACUACAGGUGGUAUUGAAGAAGAUCUUAUAAAGUGCCUUGCACCAACAUAUAAAGGGGAUUUCUCUUUGCCUGGAGCUUAUCUUCGCUCAAAAGGAUUGAAUCGAAUCGGUAAUUUACUGGUCCCUAAUGACAACUAUUGCAAAUUUGAGGACUGGAUUAUUCCUAUUUUUGAUCAAAUGUUGAAAGAACAAAAUAAUGAGAAUGUAUUGUGGACACCAUCCAAGUUAAUAGCUCGAUUGGGAAAAGAGAUUAACAACGAAAGCUCCUACCUUUACUGGGCAUACAAGAACAAUAUUCCAGUUUAUUGUCCAGGAUUAACCGAUGGGUCAUUGGGCGACAUGUUGUACUUCCAUUCCUUCCACAACCCUGGUCUGAUUGUGGACAUUGUGCAAGAUAUAAGGGCCAUGAACGGUGAAGCUGUACAUGCAAAUCCUAGGAAAACAGGCAUGAUUAUUCUAGGUGGUGGCAUUCCGAAACAUCACAUUUGCAAUGCCAAUAUGAUGCGCAAUGGUGCAGACUAUGCAGUUUUUAUUAACACUGCACAAGAAUUCGAUGGAAGUGAUUCCGGAGCUCGUCCAGACGAGGCUGUUUCAUGGGGGAAAAUACGAGGUUCUGCUAAAACCGUUAAGGUACAUUGUGAUGCAACAAUAGCAUUCCCUCUGCUGGUUGCUGAAACAUUUGCCUCAAGAACGAAACCUUAACAUUGAGGAAGGUUUACUGCGAAAGUUUAUUUGAAAUGAAUUGUGUUUGAGGAUCUUGAUGGACCAGUUCGCCACUGACAUUUAAUUUGAUCGUGUUUGUUAUACGGAAGGUCCACUUAACAGACAUUUGUUUUUACUAUUUAGAAGUAGUUUAUUAUAUCAACAGUAUUGAGAGUCACGAAUUGUAGAUGUAACAAUAUGUAAUGAUAUUUAUUUUUUGGUGCUGUGGUUUCUUAGUUUUCA